UUGGGAAGGAAGUGGAUCUCCCACUUCCGUCACAGUUGUGACGAUUUGGGUCUGCACCGGAAGUGCCUGUGCUGCCGAUGUGGUACCUUUUGACCGCGGUUUCGGUCGCUCUGCCUUGUUUUCCUUGCUGGGUGUUUGCGUCGCGCCAUGGCGCCCAAGGGCAAAGUGGGCACGAGAGGGAAGAAGCAGAUAUUUGAAGAGAACAGAGAGACUCUGAAGUUCUAUUUGCGGAUCAUACUGGGGGCAAAUGCCAUUUACUGUCUUGUGACCUUGGUGUUCUUCUACUCAUCUGCCUCAUUUUGGGCCUGGAUGGCCCUGGGCUUUAGCCUGGCAGUAUAUGGGGCCAGCUACCACUCUAUGAGCUCAAUGGCACGGGCAGCCUUUUCUGAGGAUGGGGCCCUGAUGGAUGGUGGAAUGGACCUCAACAUGGAGCAGGGCAUGGCAGACCUCCUUUCUAUUCACAGGCACCUUAAGGAUGUGAUUCUACUGACAGCCAUCGUGCAAGUGCUCAGCUGCUUCUCCCUCUACAUCUGGUCCUUCUGGCUUCUGGCUCCGGGCCGGGCCCUUUACCUUCUGUGGGUGAAUGUGUUGGGCCCUUGGUUCACAGCAGACAGUGGCACCCCAGCACCAGAGCACAAUGAGAAACGGCAACGCCGACAGGAGCGGCGGCAGAUGAAGCGGUUAUAGCCACUGACAUUAUGGCCACAGGCUGCACGGCCCCCAUGCCAGGAGCAAGGAGGGCCUCGUCUAGGGCCCAAAAGUGGUCUAAGGUAUAGGAUUGUUAAAUAAAUGUCUCAGAAUGUGGCUAA